AUGAUUCUUUUUCCCUCUUCAGAUGGAGGUAGCAACAAAUCGUCAUCAGGCACGCCUCCAAAUCUGGCGGCGCCUUCAACAUCGAACGCAAGUACAAACGGUGUCGCCUCUUUGACCGAAUUGUGUGCCCGCUGCGUCGCCUCACAUAUCCCUUUCGAACUGGUUGAAAGAGUGUUUCCUCCGGUUCCGGAACAACUGCAGCUAAGGAUCGCCUUCUGGUCUUUUCCUGAUAACGAGGAAGACAUCAGGCUGUAUUCGUGUUUGGCCAACGGCAGCGCCGACGAAUUCCAGAGAGGAGACAACUUGUUUCGGAUCAAGGCGGUUAAGGAUCCUCUCCAAAUAGGUUUUCAUCUCUCGGCUACCGUCAAUUCGGUUCAACCCAGAGGACAGUUUAACGUUGCCGUGACUUUUGAUCGACGGAGAAUUUCAUCCUGCAAUUGUACAUGCACAUCCCUCGCUUACUGGUGUUCUCACAUCGUUGCAGUAUGUUUGCAUCGUAUUCAUUGUCCAAAUCAAGUUUGUCUCCGCGCCCCCGUAUCGGAGUCUCUCCAACAGCUUCAAAGAGACCAGUUACAAAAGUUUGCUCAGUAUUUAAUAAGCGAGUUACCUCAACAAAUUUUGCCGACUGCUCAAAGACUUUUAGAUGAAUUGCUCAGCUCCCAACCGACAAAAAUUAAUACAGUUUGUGGCGCGCCAGACCCGACGGCAGGUGCUAGUGCCAGUGAUCAAACGUCUUGGUAUCUGGAUACCAAAACCUUGCAUGAUAAUAUUAAAAAGAUCUUGAUCAAAUUCUGUGUUCCUGCUCCUAUAGUUUUUAGUGACGUGAAUUAUUUGAGUACCACAGCGCCUCCGGCCGCUGCUGAAUGGAGCAGCUUGCUCAGGCCUCUGAGAGGCAGAGAGCCUGAGGGAAUGUGGAAUCUUUUGUCUAUUGUUAGGGAAAUGUUUAAAAGAACUGAUAGGAAUGCUAUACCGUUAUUAGAUAUUAUAACUGAGGAAUGUAUGGCUUGUGAUCAGAUUUUAGUGUGGUGGUUUAGCACACGGGUGGCUUUGAUGUCUGCGGUUUCUGGAGGCGGAGGUAGUCACGGCGGAGGCGGUGGACAUUCCGGCAGAGGCGGUCAAUCAUCCAACAGCAAUGGUGGUGCACAUUCAAAUGCUCACGCGUCUCAACACGCAUGUAGUUCCUUAUGUGAUGAAAUCGUUGUUUUAUGGAGAUUGGCCGCUCAGAAUCCAGCCUUAGCGCCCAAGGAACGAGAAAUGCUCAAAGCUCAAUUUAUCAAAUGGCAUUUAAGAAUCUUGGAUAAAGUUGUCAAAGCUCGUGGUUCCAGUACAACAACCACCACAAGCUCUCACAAAUUAUCAGCAAGUCACCACCAUAACAACAGUCACCAUCAUAACCAUCACCACCACCAUCAUCAUCAUGGAAGCAGUGGAAGUGGUAGCAGACCUUUAUCAGACUUAGAGGUUUUCACUGGAUUUAAACCUGCGAUUGAAGCUUGUCAUCUUGAUUGGGAUGAUUAUCCAAUUCCUGGGGUGACACAUAGUGCUGACACGAAUCCUGUAUACCAUUGUCCUUUUACUUGUUUCAAAAAGCCUGCAGAUUCUGGGAAGGGUGAUGUUAAUCAAGUGAAUUCAAGCCAAGUUGUGCUUAGUAAUCAGCAUCCACAAGAUCACUAUAGGCAUAAUCAUCCAAAGUCUUUGGGAAGGAUGGAUUUGCAACAGUGGAGGCACCAUCAACCAUGCAAUACUUUCAGAGGAUUUUCAGAAGCACGCCCCACACACUCGAUCCCCUCAACCAGCACCGGUGCAAACAUCGCCUGUAGUUCUACUUCCUCGGCACUACCAGCAUCUGCAUCAAGCACACUGCCAUCAGGCUCUCUAUCCUAUCACCAUCAUCCUAACGAUGGUAAUCGAUCCAGUGUGUCCAGUGAAGGUUUCUGCGAAAACGAUGAUGGCACAGAUUCACCAGGAUGCGGAGGAAUUGCUACAAACAAUGAAAGUGCGGUGACCAGUGGCAGCAGUAAUAGUUCUGCUAAUAAUAGUAGCGAUUCGAAUAGCAGUGCUAGUUGUGAGAGAACUGCUGGGGCUAGAUUAUUGAAAACUAGAGAGAGUCUGAUGAAAAAUUUGGAUAGGAGCGGAGGCGGUGGAAGCAGUUCAGAUGAUAGUGAUAGCAAUAAGAGAUACGCUCGUCCAGUGGCUAGUACCAGUGGAGCCGGAUCAAACCAUUCGAACAAAUCAGCAGGGAGUUCAUCAAAGGAUGAAUCUGAUAACAAUAGCAAUAAUAAACAUCCUGAACUGACCAGGAGAGAUAGCAAGGAUGAUAGUGUGUCUAGUUCAGAAUCACAAAUGUCUGGUGAUGAGUACAGUCAUUAUUACUAUGACCCCAAAGCAUUGCAGUCCGUACAGAGUACAGCAGGCACCUCCAAAGACAAGACAAUGGAUCAGCAACUAAAAGAUAUCUUCAACAAUAUCAAAAUGAGUGAUGACGCAUGGGAAAUUUUAUUCGCCCGUGCAGAAGGUUUGCAUGCUCACGGGCAUGGACGAGAAGCAUGCAUCCUUGGUGUUAAAUUGGCAGAAGAACUGCUAGCAAAUCCUCCCGAUUUGAUGGUCGAAAUUCCGCAAAUACAAAGGAAGAAAGGCAAGAAGCACCAUAUAAAUCCCGCUUCACAUCAAUUGAGUGUCUUAGCAUCGGCCACAUUAGCAAAAUGUGCUUUUCUUUGCACUGUGUUAGCUGAAAACCAAGAACACUCGCUUUUGGCUUUCAAAGUUGGUCUUUUUGGAUUGGAGUUACCACGUCCGCCAGCUAGCACUAAGCCUUUGGAAGUAAAACUAGCAAAUCAAGAGUCUGAUCUAGUGAAUUUGUUGAAGCGUAUAACGUUAGGCCCUGUAGAGUUGUCAAUAACCCGGGAACGUGCUAAGCAGUUAAAAGAAGGUACUUUACGAUCAAGGGGAGAAGCUUUGCUGCCAAUUAUGCUGGCAAGCUUUAUUUUUGAAGCACUUAGUAAUGGUAAGAGCAAAAAUGUUUUUCCAUGGCUACCUACUGAUGAAGCCCUAGGAUUUGAGGCAGCAGUGGCAGCAUUAGGCCUAAAAGCGAAUGUUAGCGAAGCCGAUCAUCCUUUACUAUGUGAAGGCACCAGAAGGCAACGCGGAGACCUCGCGUUAGUUCUUCUCAACCACUACAAACAAGAGCCUAAUAAGAUAGCAAGAAUUAUGGAUAAGCUUUUAGAUAGGGAAAUACAUCAAUUAAUUAAAACACCUAUUUUAAGUUCAUAUUACUCAAGCAAUCCACCCAUAAGAAGUCGUUUGUUUUCCAUGCGCCAACGAGAGGAACACAACGACCAAUUCGUUCCGCACAUGUACUCAUGGGAAAUGCAACAACUACCACAACAACCGUCGAGACCUCAUAGUUCAACCAGUGCCGAACUUGACAACGUUGGCAUGUGCAAUUUAUCAAUUAGUGGAACCAGCGCGCCAACCAGUCAAGUCACAACAAGUCAAAUUACUUCGACGAGGAGCAAAGAGUCGAGGUACAAGGGAAAACGUGCGUAUCCUUCUAUACCCAACCAGCCUUCGGAAGCGAGUGCGCAUUUUAUGUUCGAGUUGGCUAAAAGUGUGUUGACUAAGGCAGGAGGCAAUAGUAGUACCUCGUUGUUUACACAAGCAUCGACUACACAGAAUCAUCAUGGGCCGCACAGGGCUUUGCAUAUGUGUGCAUUUCAAUUGGGCCUGUACGCGCUUGGAUUGCAUAAUUGUGUUAGCUCCAACUGGCUGUCCAGGACGUACUCUUCGCAUGUUAGCUGGAUCAUUGGACAAGCAAUGGAGAUCGGAGCUCCCGCCAUAUCAUUUCUGAUUGAUACAUGGGAAGGACAUUUGACGCCGCCCGAGGCAGUAACAAUUGCAGAUCGUGCUUCACAGAAUUGCGAUGCUAAUAUGGUUAGAGCUGCCGCCGAAUUGGCAUUAUCCUGUUUACCUCAUGCCCAGGCUCUCAAUCCGAAUGAAAUACAAAGAGCUAUUUUACAAUGCAAGGAACAAAGCGAUGUUAUGCUGGAAAGGGCUUGCGUUACAGUAGAAAGUGUUGCUAAAGGCGGUGGAGUUUAUCCUGAAGUAUUAUUCCAAGUUGCAAGAUACUGGUAUGAUUUAUAUGUUAUAUUGGCUCCUGGAGACGCUCCACACCAGGGUCAUGCACCUAAUCCUGAUGAUGUAAUGUGUGCAGGCAUCGCACCUCUUGGAGCAGGGGAUUCUCUGGUUGCAUUGGUCGUUGAACCUACACCGCAGGAUCUCAUUCCAAUGGCACAACUACAACAACCACCGCCCAUGGUGACAACGUCUGCCCCAGUAGUUUCUUCUCAACAGCAGCAGCAGAUGGUAGCGCAGCCAAUGCCACUAGCAAUGCCUCCUUCCACAUCUGGUAUGCCACAGCAACCUAUACCAGUGUCGGUGGUACAACAGCAGCAGCAGCAACAACAACAAGUAGUUGUGAACCAAGUAUCUCUACCACUGCCUUUGCCCAUGCCGGUUCCUCCGCCUGUUCAGCAGGCUGGACAGAAUGGAGGAGCAGGAGUUCCCGGAGGCGUCGUGGUUACUGGUGCGCCGCCAAUGCCGCCGCCGGGGGCACAUAUGCAAUACGCGCCUAGUCCUGGUGUUGUGACACCUUACGCUGCAGCUGCAGCUGCAGCGGCCUUGUAUCAUAAUCCUCAAUUAGCAGCAGCGGUAGCUGCUCAUCACCAUCAUCAGCAGCAACAGCAGCACCAACAGCAACAGCAUCAACACCAGCAACAUCAAAUGGCUUUGCACCAUCACCAUCAGCAGCACCAGCAGCACGUUGCUUUCCAUGCUCAUCAGCAGCAACAGGCACAGCAACCACCACCACAGGUGUAUCAUCUGCAGCAAGCAAGGCAAUUCCAGUAUCCGCCGCCUCCCAUGCAACAGUACGUGCCGCCAAUUCAAUACUACAGCACUCCUGUCCUACGACCAGCUCUCCCCUACCAACCCCAGCAGGCUGGUCAACCACAAGGGACGCCCGGCUUACUAGCAUUGCCUUCUCUGCCCCCGCCGCCUGGUGCACAAAAUUUGCGCCCAGGACAAAUGCCAGGAUCUCAACAACCUCCUACACCUAAUAAUAGAGCUCGUAAUGGUCUCACACCUGGGUCAUCGAAUGUGCCUCCUCCGCAAUACCCGCAUGCGCAGCUGAGACAUCUGUUGGCUGCGUACAGAGUUGGAAUGCUGGCUUUGGAGACGCUUGCUAGAAGGGUACACGAUGAUAGGCCACAAGCAAAGUAUGCCAGAAAUCCACCUUAUGGGGAAGAUGUCAAGUGGUUGUUGAGGGUCUCUAAAAGAUUGGGUACACAGUAUCUUCAACAGUUUUGUGUAUGCGUCGUGAAUUCUAUUGUAUCUCCGUUUGUUUUACACGAUGUAGCCCUGGAGGCAGCACACUACUUGUCGAGAAAUAAUCCUGGACUUAUCAUGCAACACUUGAGAUCUGCAUUGACGCCCCUCGUUCAGAAGUGCCAACAAAUGUACAUCCAAUGUAUGCACCAGAAACUGUACCAUUUAACAUUGGACGACUAUGAAGAUUUUGUGGCUGUCGUCUGUGCUGCCAGGCAAGCCUUCCAUAUUACUCCCGAAGGCAAUGCGCAGUUCAAAGAGUGGCUUCAAUCUAUUCGAAGAUCAAAGUCGUGCAAGAAAGAUCUAUGGACCCAGAUCAACGCAGCUUUACAAGCCAAUGGUGGCAAAUGACAACGACCGUGCAACAACAAUCCAAUAGCCAUCAACAACAACAACAGCAACAGCAGCAAUUGCAUAAACGUGACCUCACAUUUACCGAUUGCAUCGACUGCACCUGUCAAUGUCAAUCCACAUG